AUGCUUUACGGGGCACGUAAUCACAGUACUUACCAAAUUUCACAUCGGAACAAUAUUGCAAAAACCAAGACGUCUGGGCGGUUAGCAAAAUGGGCCAUCAAAUUGGGGGGCCACAACAUUUUGUAUAGGCUGCGCCCAGCCAUCAAAGGUCAAGUCUUGGCGGAUUUCGUCACAGAAGUUCCAGUGGAAAAAAUCAAAGAUUGCGAGAUUGUUGAGACUCCCAUGAAAGACACGUCUAAUGAGUUGUGGUUUCUAUACACUGAUGGGGCACCAAAUGAGGACGGCGCAGGAGCAGGGUUGCGCCUUGUGAGCCCCGAGAAGCAUGAAUUUACAUACGCCAUCAAGUUGGAUUUCAAGAACACCAAAAAUGAGGCGGAAUAUGAGGCAUUCCUGGCAGGCUUACCUCUCGCCAUAAAAAUGGGGGCUCAAAAUCUACAAGCACAUGUCGACUCGCUUUUGAUCGCCAGUCAAAUCAACGGAAUCUAUGAUGCAAAAGGCGAAGUUAUGGCCUUAUAUUUGGAUCAGGCGAAAGAAUUGCUUCAGCAAUUCAAGUCAUACAAGGUAGUUCACAUCAAUCAUUCCGAAAACAAACCAGCAGACGCUUUGAGAAAGCUCGCUUCAACUUCCUUUCAACAUCUCGCCAAAGAUGUAAGGAUUGAAGUACUCAAAAAUCCAUCAGUCCUGCUGCGCCAGGUAAAUGUGAUCGAAAUAGGGCAGCCAUCUUGGAUGACCCCUAUAAUUCAAUAUCUGCAAGAAGGAAUACUCCCAGAGAGCAAAGCAGAGGCAAGGAAGAUUCAAAACAAGGCCCUGCAUUAUGAGAUGAGUUGUGGUAUUCUAUACCGAAAGUCCUUCUUGGGGCCCUUAUUGCGCUGUGUGGACCCCCAGGAUGCGAAUUACUUGAUCAGAGAGAUUCACGAAGGGAUCUGUGGCAUCCAUGCAGGCCCGCGCAUGGUUGUCGUGAAGAUUAUGAAUGCUGGUUAUUACUGGCCAGGGAUGCAUGUCGAUGCUCUAAGGGAGUUGCGCAAAUGUGACUCAUGCCAAAGACACUCCCCGAAAACCCUGCGCCCGAAAAAAGAUCUCAUUCCUGUAUCCACUGCUUGGUCUUUCCAACAGUGGGGAAUUGAUAUGGUGGGACCUUUCCCUGAUGCUCCAGGAGCCGUGAAGUUCAUAAUCGUGGCCGUUGAUUAUUUUACUAAGUGGGUGGAGGCCAAGGCUCUCGCCUCAACCACGGCAAUGAUGGUGCGCAAGUUUAUCUGGGAGCACAUCAUUUGCAGAUUUGGUCUUCCACUCAAAAUCGUCACAGACAACGGUACCAAUUUUGCUUCCGAGGAUCUUCAAAAUUGGAUGAAGUAA